UCGAGCAGGUAUAUAAAAGCUUGAUUUUGAUUUAAAUCAUAAACCGACUAUGUUGUAUAGAAAAACAUGGCUCAAUAAAUUGAAGAUGAACUAAAAAUUAGGCAAUAUACAAGUUUGGAGCACGGCUUGCCGUAAUGUGAAACAAAACAAAGCAACUAAAAGGCGAAAACAUGGAAAAUAACACAACUGUUAGCCCUGCAUCUUCAGAUUGCAAUCAAAUACAUUCUUUAAAAAUCAAAAGGAAAAAACAAGAGCUGGAUAUGCACGAUUUAAGCAACGACAAUCUACCUCCUGAGGAGGAAGAGGGUAAUGUGGAAUAUAAGUUAAAGCUGAUUAACCCAACCGACUCUCGACUUGAGCACUUGGUUACUCAGAUGAAAUGGAGACUGCAAGAGGGACAAGGAGAAGCAAUUUAUAAGAUUGGUGUCGAAGACAAUGGGGUUUGUGCCGGCCUUACUGACCAAGAACUUAAUUCAACCAUGGGGACUUUGAAGAGCAUGGCAGAAAAACUCGGAGCCGAUCUUACCGUAUUGCGUGAAAGAGAGGUUGAUAGUUUGGUCCUUGGUGAGAGGAAGAGAGUUUCGGAAGUUUUGGUUCGAAGAGUUCCUGAUGAUCAACAGUUUUUGGAUCUUCGUGUAUCUGUUCUUGGAAAUGCUGACGCGGGAAAAUCAACAUUACUCGGCGUUCUUACUCAAGGACAAUUGGACAAUGGACGCGGACAAGCGAGACUUAAUUUAUUCCGACAUUUACAUGAAAUUCAAACUGGUAGAACUUCUUGUAUAAGUCACGAAAUUCUUGGCUUUGACAGCAAAGGAAAUGUGUUAAACUACAGUGAGUUGCAAACAUCAGAAAGUAUUUGUUCGGCGGCGUCAAAGAUUAUAACAUUCAUAGACCUUGCUGGCCACCAUAAAUACCUUCGUACCACCAUUUUUGGUCUCACUUCUCACCAUCCUGACUUUGCAAUGCUGGUCGUUGCAGCAAAUCGUGGAGUAGCUGGCACCACCCGUGAACACCUGGGGCUUGCAAUGGCGCUUGGUGUGCCUACUAUUGCCGUGGUAACUAAGAUCGAUCUUUGCCCUGAAGCCGUAUCGGACCGGGCAUGUCGACAAUUGGAGAAACUGCUCUCUGGCGCUGGUUGUGGAAGGAUUCCAUUCCGAGUAAGAUCGGAAGAUGAUGUUUAUACCGCCGCUGCAGGGAUGGGUGGAGAGGGAUCAAAGAUUGUUCCAUUGUUCAAAGUAUCCAGCUUGAGUGGUGCAAAUCUUUCUCUACUCACUAAGUUCUUCAAUGUUUUAUCUCCUCAAAAAAAUCAACGAGAGCAAGAAAAGUUGAUGCAGGAAUUGCCACAGUUUCAGGUUGAUGAAGUUUUCUCUGUCCCCGAAGUUGGUGCCGUGGUUGGUGGUACGCUGUCACACGGUGUCAUCACUGAGCAGAACAACUUGAUCAUCGGGCCUAACACUGAAGGGCGCUAUCUCCCAGUUACCGUGACGACCAUACAAAGGAAUCGAGCACCGUGUCGUGUAGUAAGAGCCGGCCAAGCAGCAUCGUUAUCCUUGAUUAAUAUUGAUAAAGAUGAUAUUCGAAAAGGUAUGGUACUGGUUAGUCCGGAGUUGAAACCUAGUUGUUGCAUUCAGUUUGAAGCAACAGUGUUUCUUCUAUACCAUCCAACAAGUGCAUUAUGUCCUGGGUUUCAAACCACAGUGCAUGUUGGUAGUGUCAGACAAACUGCUGUGGUUGAGAAAAUUCACAACGAUACGGAAUCACUCAACCAGAACGAGCAGUCAGUCGUGACUUUCCGCUUUGUUUGUUACCCCGAACAUCUUCGUCUAAGCUCAACUCUUCUCUUCCGCGAGAGGACCACUAAAGGUAUCGGACAAAUCACAAAAGUCUUCCCGUUUACUCCAGGAGAACGCAUCCAGAAGAGGCAAAGAAAACACUCCCAGAGAUCACCAUCUUCUUCCUCACCUCCAGGGUAUGCUAGCUCAGAUGAAUUAAUGUCUGUGUCUUCGAGUAAACGGCAACAUGUAGAGCGUUAGGUGAUCUUACAAUAAGCUUGUUCUUAGCUUUGUAAUAUUUUUUUCCCAUUUCUUUUUCAUAGAUUUAUUCGAAAAAUUUUGUUUUUUGUAAUAAGCGGUGUUCCGCUUCUGGUUAGCAAGGCGUUAUAAUAUGCGUCUAUAUUUUAAAAACCUAGACCGUGAAUGGGUUAUUUCUUUAAUGUGUUUAGAAAAUUUUAUUGUUAGGUUAAAUAUUUUAGUAAAAAUAAUAAUUUCGCCAUGGAAAAGUCGGAAUUUUUUCGCCCCCACUUUUAUCCUAAUCGAGUUUAAUAAACUGUAUUUUCUUUCAUAAAAAAAAACAAUAUUUUUAUCCCAACUAUAUUUCUUUUCAAAACAAAAACGUUUUUUUACCAUAAAUUGUAUUUUUCUAUAGAAUAUAUCUCGGUGUGUUGUAUUUUAUGGGCGACGUUGGUUAGAAAUAUUGACUGCCGCAUUUUGUCCGAAUUUUGUUUGUAAUGUUGUGCUUACAUUGUGUGCAUGCUACGUCGGUUGGUUGGUUUAAUUAAACGAGUGCUGUUGCACACUGUGAAA